AUGGAUUUGGACCCGGUAUCCUGGGGCUCCCGCCGUCAGCGCUCAGCCUGGACAUCGGUCACUCAUGAUUUACCUGGAGACUCGCCGCCCUCUACGAACAAGGGCAGGAAACCAAAAACGUUCUUCAACCUGAACUUCAAGCGACGGGCUAAGACGAACACCGCUUUGAAUCUCUCUGAUCGAGGCCAUUCUUCACUAGGGCACAAGGAGCCGAUGUGGACUGACACUGAGCGCCUAAAUCUUGAAACGACACGCAGCGAUCAAGCCAUUUCGACAGCCAAAGAUAUCGCCCGCGCUCUGGCUGUUGUCGCUGACUCGCUCGAAGUGCUUCCCUUUCUCAAACCCGUUGGUGCUGUCAUGGGAAAGCUAAUUGAAGUGAUAAUGGACGUCAGAGGAAAUGCGACAGAGUGGACGUUGCUAGGUCGCCGGGCACGAGACUGGCUCAUGUCAUUUCAGGCGCAUGCAAUGGUAUACGAUGUGAGGGACGAUCAGGAUAUGAAAGAAAUGUUAGAGCACUAUGCCUCACGUUACGAUCAAGGCGCAUCAGAGUAUUACUCUGGUAUCUCAGGAACAACGUUUGCAGAAACUGCAGAGCUAUCAGGUAGUGCGGGCUUCGGAAAGACGACCAUCUCUCACACCCUCGCACGCGUGCUUUUCGACGCCAAGCGGCCGGAGCCAACUCUUGGACCGAUUCUUGGAGCAUCGUAUUUCUUCCAGUCCGACGGUGAUGCUCGACGGGGUGGUACGACGGUCGGCUCACGAGGUGGUUUGACAGAUACCUUUGCGACCAUUGCUCGCGCUCUGGCUCAGGUUUUCCCAUCAUACCGCAACCACCUUUUGCGAGCGCUUGAAAAUACUGUCCCCGAUCAUGCUUCUGACCAAUUCCACGACCUCCUUGUUGCUCCUCUGAUGAAUUGUGCAGCCCCCUCGCCACCAUUCACAAUCAUUCUGGAUGCGCUUGACGAGUGUAGAGACUGGCACGAGCUGCUCACACUCCUUCAGUCUCAGAUCCAAUUGCUCAGAUUCCAUGUUCGUUUCUUCAUCACUACCAGGCCGACGGAGAGCAUUACGAAUGCUUUAGAAAAUAUCAGAUGUGCUCGUUCGCUGGAUAUUUCCUCAUAUAAUGAAGAGAACAAUGACGACAUCGAACAAUACUUCAGACAGCAUUUCCACCAACUCGCGCUGUCGCACGACAAGAAAGAGCCUUGGCGUAGCGAUGAACACAUACAAAAACUUACGGCGCGCGCCGGCGGCUUAUUCAUCUGGGCCUCAACAAUCUGCAAAUAUCUAUCCAACUCUUCCAAUCCUGACGCGGAUAUACGUCGCGUAGAGGAGGAGCUCGAUCUGCGAGGCACGGCCACUGACGACCCAGAAGCUGGACUCCAUGACAUGUACCAUGCGCUCCUCAUUAAUGCUUACAGCACCCUAGGGCAAGAUAGUACACGAAGAGCUUUCCGACCUGUCCUUGCGAUGACAAUCCUUUCCUCGCCAUCUCAUCCUCUUGAUCCUGCCUCUAUAACGGAGGUGCUGGGCUAUUCAAGCGUCUCCGACGUCGCCACCAUUCUGGGAUCUCUCCGAGGAGUGAUUGACUACGGGGAAGGUUCCAAGAUAUAUAUGCGACACCCUUCAUUCUCCCGCUAUGUUGAAUACGCUUGCGACGAUGAACGAUUCAAGAUCGUCCCAAGCUCAGACCAUAGUAUGAUCGCCGUCGCAUGCUUCCAGCUCCUGCAUGCCGCUCUGCGCCACCACAGACGGUCUCAUUGUACGGUCCAAUACUGGAUAAGUAUUGCCUCUGAUUCUAGGCUCAUUCCCCGUGGGGAAGGCUUCGACUAUGCAUCUAGCUGCUGGAUAGAACAUCUAUGCAAGUCUUCGGGAGCUCGAGAUGAUGAUCUCAUGUCCGCCCUAGGAAGAUUCCUCGAAUACGAUGUGAUACAUUGGGCUGCACUCAGGGAACAUUGCGGUGCUGAUGCAGCAGGUCCACUACGCCAUCUGUGGCAGUACUGCGAGAAUCAGGGUAUACACCAUCAUCGAAAUUGCAAAGUAGUAUCUCAGUUCGUGGACGGCAUCAAAGAAGAUAUGCGCAAAGACCCCAACCUAAUCUACGCCUCUCUAUUAUGUACGGUACCAUCUACUGAGGCGCAUCGCGAAGUCCGGUCCAUGUUCCUCCGUUCUUAUGGCUGGGAAGUCUCAUUUCGAGCUCGCGUGAUCUCCACAUCGGGUAGAAAAAGCUCGUUCUUCAAAAUGCAAGAUAUUAUAUUUAGUAGGACAGCAGGUGCUCGCGAAAGUAUACCACGCAAGGUCCUUUACAUGCCUAUCAUGCAGGCCGGUCCUCUACAAGUUGACGACAGAACCCAUCCUCUUGAGGUUCUCUUGCUUUAUCCCUGCAUAUACGAUAUGGCCUACUGUCUUAUGGGAUCUGAGGAGUUUGCCCAGUAUGCGUAUAGUGUCGAAGGCGUCACGGAACCUCUGGCCAUGUUACAGCACGCACUCCUCUCGUCCGGUGCGAAUCGGGAAUUAUCGAAUUUAACAUACAGCGAACGGAUAGCCAUAGAGGCGAUUUUGCUUGCUGGGGAACGUUUCACUGAUAUCCCGGGUCGCGCAAAAACUCUGGCCAGACCUCAGGACAUGGUUCGCCGUGUCAAUGAACGAGUAGUGAUGCUGCAUCCUCAUAUUCUUCCAUCUUAUGGUACGACACGUUAUGACGAGUUCUUGCCAGAGGUGCCAUUCGAGGAAAUUAGGUUAUUUCUGAAGGCUAAUCCCGCAGCAGAUAGGCUUGCUUUGGAACUCAAUAUUUGUCAGAUCAAGGAGGUCGCCGAAGCUUUGGCCCAUCUGCACCACACGGAACCAUCUGUAGUAUACGGAUUCAUGGAGCCAAGACAUAUCUUCAUUAUUGAUGGCCACGUCGCCAUACGCGAGUUCCCCCUUUGGGAGCCGCAAGCUUGGUUGUACGAUUACACCGGUCGAUCCUUGGCCGAGGUGAAAGCAGUACACUCUGCCCCGGAGAUUAUACACCAGUUACCGAACAAGAAGCAGCUUCAUAUGACUCCUGAAUGCGACGUUUAUUCUUUUGCGAUGACUGCCUAUGAGAUCUUCACCGGAAAAGAGCCCUUCGUACUGGACUAUUCCGUAUUAUGGGAAAAUGAGAAGACAAACUGGGAAGAUGCCGUCAUGGAAGGAAUACGACCUAGGCGUCCCACCCCUCAAGUCGCACCCCAGCUAACUGAUGCGCUGUGGUCACUGAUACAAGACUGCUGGAAGCAAGACCCUCUUGUCCGACCAACAAUGUCAGAGGUCGUCCAGAGGCUAGAGGACUCUUCAAUAGACUUUUACAAGACGACCAAUCUCCCUCAGCCAGACGAGCACAAAGCAAAACCUGGGAAGUGGUGGUUUCGAGUGCUAGCUGACGGCCCGCUAUGGUCAUGUCAUAAAUGCAACACAGGUUUCGGCAAACGUGUCUGGCCCCUUGCCAGCUACGAAGGCCAGUGGCACAAGCAACCGACGCCGCGUAAUCCCAUAGCAGGGGCUGCAGUCUCAGACAAGCUGCCAGUCAGCGGUAACUACUACGCAAAAGGUUACCUCAUUGGGACGCACAUGGCAGCACACGGCAUCGCCUUGAAGCAACCUCACUGUGACGAGUAG